AUGGAUGCUGUGGUAGUUUAUGAGGAUAAGCCACGAGAUCAGUGGCUCUUUGGCUAUCCAGCCCAAGUGGCUUUGACCAGCAGUCAGAUUUGGUGGGCUGCGGAUGUCCGGAUUGCUUUUGAAUGGCUUGAAGAAGGAUUUGAAUCUGCUCUGAAAGAUUAUAACCACAAACAGAUAAUUAUUUCACAGAUUGCUCAACUGAAUGCCCUUAUAAACAUGCUGCUAGGGGAACUCACCCUUGGAGAUCAUCAGAAGAUCAUGACAAUAUGCACAAUUGAUGUGCAUGCAAGAGAUGUUGUAGCCAAGCUUAUAGCACAGAAGGUUUCUAAUGGACAAGCAUUUACAUGGCUAUCACAACUGCUUCACCGAUGGGAUGAAGAGCUAAGUGAAUGUUUUGUCAACAUUUGUGAUGCCCAGUUUCAGUACGCUUAUGAAUAUCUUGGGAACAGUCCCAGACUUGUAAUCACACCACUAACUGACAGAUGCUACAUUACCUUGACACAGUCUCUUCCUAUGAGUGGUGCUUUAUCAGGACCUGCAGGAACAGGGAAAACAGAAACCACCAAGGAUUUAGGCCGGUCUCUAGGGAUGAUGGUCUAUGUCUUCAACUGCUCAGAACAAAUGGAUUAUAAGAGCGAUAUUGCUACACUUUACUUUAAAGUUGGCGUGAAGAACAUCAGUACUGUGUUUCUUCAUGCAGAUGCUCAGAUCCCUGAUGAGCGUUUUCUCGUAUUAAUUAAUGACAUGCUGGCAUCAGGUGACAUCCCUGAUUUAUUUAGUGAAGAUGAGGUGGAUGGCAUAAUUUCUUCUACAAGGAUGGAGCUAUGGAGGCUUGGCCAAGCUGAUUCAAAAGAGAACUUCUGGCAAUUUUUUAUUGAUCGCAUUCGGCGGCAGCUAAAGGUCCGGUCCAACGUGGAAGCCGAUUAUGCCUCAGUGUCGGACGCACGUCAACAGGGGGCACUGUCGAGGCCUCGUUUUGCGCUGGUGUUUAUCCAGGUGAUCAUCAUGUCAGACAAGUGCCUGACACAGACUCUGGAUGGCCUAGCACAUGCUCCGGAAGGCCUAGCACAGGCUCCGGAAGCCCGCGUCAGGCCUUCCGGUAGGCUGCGCAGGCCUUCUGGAGCCCGCGUCAGGCACUCCGGAGCCUGCAUCGGGCACUCCGCAGCCUCGUGCUGGCCUCUGAAGCCUCUAGCCAACCUACGCAGCCUCACGCUGGCCUCCGCGGCCUCGUGCUGGCCUCUAAGGCCUCUGGUAGAAGAUUUGAAGUCUAAGCUUGCCAUUCAAGAAACAGAACUUCAUCAGCGAAACAAAGACACUGAGACUCUUAUUGACAAGAUCAGGCAGCAGACAGAAAAACUAAGUCAAGAAAAAGCCAUAGCUGAUGAGGAAGAGCAGAGGAAGCGGUCCAACAAUGAGGCGAAUCAGGCGGUCGCCUGUGGCACAGACCAUGUGGGGGCGCUGUUGAGGCAGCAGCAGCAGCGUCGGAAAGCCCAGCCACCCAUCCGCGCGGCUGCCCUCCUGCUCUCCCUCGCUGUCCGAGGACUCCUCGCCCGUCGUCCACCCGUCGAUGGGCCUGUAGCAGCCAUUCAAGCAGAAGUAACCAAGCAGCAGCAAGAAUCUGAAAAUGACCUUGCCAAAGCUGAGCCAGCACUUAAUGCAGCAAAUGCUGCAUUGAACACUCUAAACAGGACGGUCUUUAGCUUCUCCCUCACCCUGAUCUGUUCCAAUGGGUCUCGGAAACGGGCCUCCAGAGCUUCCAUGAAGCACCUAACUGACCCCAAACAUGGGUCGUGCCGCGCGUGCAGCUGGACGUACCAGCUAGCUGCUCCCCUCUUCAGCACUGCACCGAUGGCCCGGACCCGGCUAGACUCGGUUCUAAAGAAGCAUUUGCGGUGGACGAUGGAAGGUCCGGAUUCGUCGUACUCUUGCUUGCCGACUCACAUCUGCUGGAAGGUCGACAGGGAGGUAAAGAUGGAGCCUCCGAUCCAGACGGAGUAUUUACACUCCGGCGGGGCAAUGAUCUUGAUUUUCAUUGUGCUGGGAGCCAGGGCUGUGAUCUCCUUCUACAUCCUGUCGGCGAUACCGGGGUACAUGGUGUUGCCGCCAGACAGGACGGUGUUGGCGUACAGAUCUUUGCGGAUAUCCACGUCGCACUGCAUGAUGGAGUUGAAGGUGGUUUCUUGGAUGCCACAGGACUCCAUACCCAAAAAGGAUGGCUGGAAGAGGGCCUCUGGGCACCUGAACCGCUUGUUGCCGCUGGUGAUCACCUGCCUGUCGGGGAGGGGCCUCUGUCAGCAGCACGGGGUGUUCUUCGGGGGCGACUCUCAACUUGUUGUAGAAAGUGUGGUGCCAGAUCUUUUCCAUGUUGUCCCAGUUGGUGACGAUGCAGUGUUCAAUGGGAUACUUCAGGGUCAGGAUGUCUCUUUUAUUCUGCACCUCAUCCCCAACGUAGCUGUCUUUCUGGCCCAUCACGCCCUGGUGCCUGAGGUGGCCGACGAUGGACGGGAACACGGCGCGAGGGGCAUCAUCGCCGGCAAAGCCAGCCUUGCAUAUUCCGGAGACGUUGUCAACCACGAGCGCAGCGAUAUCAUUAUCCAUCUUUGGAGGAGUGGUGAGGAUUUGUCUUUAAUGAGAAUAGAACUAGACACAAGCCUGGCUACUUUCACCACCACCUUUGAGAGAGCUACAGCUGAGAAAAUCCACUGCCAGGAAGAAGUGAAUAGAACUAACAAGACUAUUGAGCUGGCCAACAGAUUAGUGAAAGGUCUGGAGGGGGCUUCUGGGAAGGAGAAGCCCCCUGGUGCCGCCAUCUUCAUGGGGAGGCACCCCCACCCCACAACGGACGCGCUCGCCCUGAAGGGAAUGGCCACGGCCUCCCCAGCCGCGCCGGAGGCCCGAGGCCUGCCAGGCGGGCCAGGAAGGCCGCAAGGUGAAGCCGCGGCCGCAGAGGAGGCCAGAAGGCCGAAGGUGAGGCCUGAAAUGCGGAAAAGGAAAGCAGAGGGCAGGACCAGAAGCUCCGCAGGGAGUGGCCAUGACCUCCCCAGCUGCGUUGGAGGCCUGAGGCCUUCCGGGCGGGCCGGGAAGACCGCAACGCAAAGCCGCCAGGCCAAAAGGCCGCAAGGAAGAAGUUCCGCUCGAGAGCAGUACCUGAGGCCCCGAGGAGAGCCACUGCAGCCUCAUCAGCAGGACCAGAGGGCCGAGGCCUGCCGAAAAUGCCCCAAAGCCGCUGCAUACACCCGCAAAGAUGGGAAGGCCAGAAGACAGCAGGUCAUGGAAGCAAACAUCAAUGAAGUCAAGAUCAAUGAGGCUCGUGAGCAUUAUCGUCCAGUAGCAGCAAGAGCAUACCUUCUCUACUUCCUCAUGGAUGAACUGAAAAAAAUCAAUCCAAAGUAUCGGUUCUCACUGAAGGUUACUGAUCAGGAAGAUACAAUACGUUUCCUGGAUGAGUUCCGUGGUUUGGACAAAGAUAUAGAAGGGUCACCAAAACAGUGGAAAAAAGUGGUGGAGUCAGAAUGCCCAGAGAAAGAAAAGUUUCCACAAGAAUGGAAGACUAAAAGCUCCCUCCAGAAACUGAUUAUGAUGCGAGCUUUGAGACCAGAUCGAAUGACUUAUGCUAAUAUUCAUCUUGUUGCAAAGUGGCUCGACACAUUAGAGAAAUUACUGGAGAAGUAUAGUGGAGGAAGCCACCUAGCCUAUCGUAUUUUUAUGAGUGUUGAAUCUGUCCCCACCCCUAAAGAGCAUAUAAUUCCUCAGAGAAUCUUGGAAAAUGCUAUUAAAAUAAGCAAUGAACCACCAACUGGGAUGCUGGCUAAUCUCCGUGCUGCUUUGGAUAAUUUUGAUCAGAACAUCCUUGAUCAGUGUUCCCGGGAACAGGAAUUUAAGGCCAUUCUGUUUUCCCUGUGCUACUUCCAUGCGUGUGUGGCUGAGCGAAGGAAAUUUGAGCCUCAGGGCUGGAACAGGAGAUACCCUUUUAACAAUGGAGAUCUCACCAUUUCAGUCAACGUCUUGUACAAUUACCUGGAAGCAAAUUCACAGAUAUCCUGGGAAGAUCUCCUUUAUUUGUUUGGAGAGAUUAUGUAUGGUGGCCUUACAGACGAUUGGGAUAGGCGACUUUCUACUUAUUUGGAAGAGUAUAUGCAACCCAAUCAGUUUGAUAGGAAACUGGUCCUUGCUCCUGGCUUUGUCAUUCCUUCAAACCUGGAUUACCAAGGUUACCACAAAUACGUUGAAGAAAUGCUUCCUGCUGAAAGCCCAGUCCAUUACGGCCUCCAUCCCAAUGCCGAAAUUGAAUUCUUGACAGCGACUUCAGACAACCUGUUUCAUACCCUGCUUGAGCUGCAGUCCCACGAAUCCAUCAUUGGGGAAAGUGCAUCACAGACGGUGGAAGAAAAAGUAAAGUUAAUAUUAGAUGACAUACUACAGAAGCUGCCAGAAGGAUACAACAUGACUGACAUUACUUCAAAAACUGCAGAACGCUCUCCAUAUACUCUAGUUUGUUUUCAAGGAUGUGAGAGAAUGAAUAUACUAAUACAUGAGAUAAGACGUUCUCUUAAAGAACUUGAUCUAGGUCUCAAGGGUGAGUUGGCAAUCUCUGCUGAGAUGGAGCAACUACAGACAGCUCUCUUUUUUGAUAAUCUUCCUGACACUUGGAUGAAACUGGCUUAUCCAUCGAUAUACAACUUCACUUAGUGGUACAACGACCUGCUCCUAUGCUGCAGGGAGCUCGAUUCCUGGGCUCAAGAUCUUGCCCUCCCCAGCAUUGUCUGGAUAUCAGGCUUUUUUAACCCGCAAUCCUUCCUCACAGCUGUGAUGCAAAGCCUCACCCAUAAAAAUGAGUGGCCUUUGGAUAAGAUGCGCAGAACAGUAGAUGUUACCAAGAAACAUAAAGAGGAAUUUAAGCAGCCAGCUAGAGAAGGGGCAUACAUUCAUGGUCUGUAUCUGGAAGGUGCUCAAUGGGAUAUUCAAGGGGGACACAUAGCUGAAGCUUAUCUGAAAGCCCCAACACAAGCAAUGCCUGUUGUAUUUGUGAGAGCCAUCCCUCAUGACAGACAAGAUACAAGAAACAUAUAUGAAUGCCCUGUAUAUAAAACAAAACUAAGGGGUUCCACUUAUGUGUCAACCUUCCACCUGAAAACAAAGGAAAGGCCAGCAAAGUGGAUUCUCGCUGGUGUUGCUUUACUUUUGACCGUGUGACUACAAGCUUAUCUUAUUUCAUGCACUUGCUUCCUCACCUCAAUUGCGUGUGUGUUUUUGUAGAAUACACGCCCAAGCUCAUGAGUCUUUAAGAAUGUGAUAAUGUAUUCUUUACACCAGUAGUCCCAGUGACAUUUUCUGAAAGAUAAAGUUCCCUGAAAGA